AUGCUUUGCCUUCGGUUGGGUCUGUGCGUGCGCGCGAGAGAGGGAUGCGUCGCUGCCCUUGGCUCGGCGCGGCUCCCAGCGGUGCGAAUCGAAGGCCCCACUAGUGUUGCUGCGCCGCGCGCCUCCCCUCCGCCGCCGCCGCCUCCGCCGCCGCCGGCCGCUGCCCUCGCAGCCCUCGCUCGACGCCCCUCGCCGCCCGAGCCGCACUUGCCCUGUGGCGUCGGCUGCCGCUCUCGUGCAGGAGACGCGCGAGCUCUCCGCUUCAGACUCGUCUUCUCGCCGCAGGAGGAGCAGCGGCGCGCAGUCCAGUCCCCGCCUCCGCCGGACUCGCGAGGGCCUUCCGCACCUGCCUUGACCUCCUCCCCGCCCUUCCCCCCCCUCCCCGCCACCGCCACCGUGACCUUACUAACGAGGACCCGCGGGGAGCCGCCGGCCGGAGGGCUUGGGAAGGCCGCAUCCGAGCAGAAGCAGCAGCAGGAGCAGCAACAGCGGCAGCAGCAGGUGUGGAGCGACGACGAGGAAGGCUGGUCCAGACGAGAGGGAGAGAUCUUCACCAUCAUGGGGCGAGUCACCACACCCAGCGGCAGAGACCUGGAAGACUCUGCGGACUUGGCAGCACAGUUCCAGUCGUCUGUGAGCAUUGGCGACCACGCCUUCUCACAAAUGGAGGAGGACAUUGACAAGCAGAGGCUUCUUGGGGGUCAGCCGGCCUAUGCCACGGCCGACCCCGAGACUGCCUCCAUGACCUCUGACCUCCAGCACAAGCAGAGGUAUGAGAGGCUCCUCCGCCGUGCCAAGACUGAGGAUCUGAGCGAGGUCUCUGGAAUUGGGUGCCUCUACCAGUGUGGGGUUGACAAGUUUGGCCGUCCCGUCAUCAUCUUCAUCGGCAAGUGGUUCAAAUUCAAUGAGAUCAAUCUGGAAAAGGCCAUCCUCUACCUGAUCUAUCUACUAGACCCCUUGGUGCGUGGCGACUAUGUGAUCGUCUACUUCCACACUAUCACCACAACCGAGAACCAUCCCUCGCUUGCUUGGAUCAGGGAGGUCUACGAGGUGCUUGAGUAUAAAUACAAGAAGAACCUCAAGGCCUUCUACAUUGUUCACCCAACGCUAUGGACCAAAAUUAUGACUUGGUGGUUCACUACUUUCAUGGCUCCACAGAUAAAGCAUAAGGUUCACUCUGUUCCUGGCGUUGAAUACCUGUAUGACAUCAUCGAUCAGGACCAGCUGGAGAUCCCCGCAUACAUCACAGAGCAUGAUAUGACAGUCAAUGGAAUCCGCUACUACAAGCCAGGCUCGGCAUCCUCUUGAAAAGCUUUGAACUCCUUUGGAAAUCCAGAGUUGGAAUGAGGAAAGAUGCUUCUUGUUUUUUAUUUUUCAUUCUUUCUUUUUUUCUGUUAAUGAGUCUGUAGUGUGUGACAUGCAAUAAUGAUGAUAAUUAUAAAAUGAAUGAAAAAUCAGGAAUAAAAAAAACAACAAAAUAUGCCGAGAAUGAAGAGAAGCGGAGCAAGGAUUUUUCAGCGCAGUAUUGAUGUAUGAUAGUUGGCAUUUUGAUCACAUUUUCUCAUUCUUCCAUUGUGGAGAAAUAUUUUACGUUGUUUUUACAAAGAGCUUUGUGCAGUGAUGUAACAUAUCUUAGCACUACACUUUAGAUUGUGGCCUUGUUUUAAGAGAAAAGUAAUUGAUAGUAAUAAUAAUAAUAAUCAUAACAAUAUAUCAUACUGUAUAUGUAAAAAUAAGUCAUGCCUGAUUACUCCUUGAUCAAGGUAGAUAUUACAUGCACUAUUCAUGUCCUUUCAAGAUAGUAGAGUAGAAAUCAAAAUAUAUGGAAGAUAUAGAAAGCAAACCGUAAAUGUAGAGAAAAGAAAUCCAUCUUUUUCUCUCUCUCUCGGGUUGGGGGAGCAUGUGUUUUGUAUAUACCAUUUACCUAUUUUUACUGGCAAUAUACCCAUUGCUCAAUAACUUACCAAGGAGUCUCCUUACCUCCACCCCUUACCCUUUACCCCUUCUCCCCCCUUUCUCUCUAAGCUUCCCUGACAUGAGCAGUAAUAUCUUUUUUCUGUGGUGUACAUAAAGACUAAACAAUCAAGGUGUUUGUCAGUGAAUUGAGGAUGCAAUCAACAUAUCUCUCUUGUAUAUGUACGUAUGUGCAUUUGAUGGAGCCAUGUUUGGUGUUCCAAUUUUUUUUUCUUUUCUUUUUCUUUUCCAAUUGUCACGGCAUUGAUUAAAACCUUGUUAGAGAUGGAGUGGUUUAUGUUUGUUUUCCUUCAUCUUUUUUUCUUUCUUUUCUUUCUUUUUUUAGUUUUACUGUUUGCUUAUGCUUCUGUCUGUUCUUGCUGCUUCUCAAGUUUUUACUUAUCUUUCUUUAAGUACAUCAUUUUUCAUGACUUAAGACAUAAGACAGUGGCUUAUGAAAGAAUCUUCUCAUUGUUGAACACUUAUGUGCUUUGCAAAUUAAAUGUUACAAGUCUUUCCAGAAUGUCUGUGUUGGCAUGUACUUGCAUAUGUGCAUUUUGAGUGAGGGAAUGAAGGAGGACAAGAGAGAGUGAAAGUGAAGAAGAAAAAGGGAGUGAGUGAGUGAGUGAAAGAGUCAUUGGUGAUUUGAAGGGAAAGAGAGAGAGAGAGGAGAAGGAGAGAAAGUGAGGGUGUGUCUUGAAUGAGUAAAUACAACCAUUUGGAUCUGGACAAAGAAUGAAAGAAUUUGUAUGUAACCUUGUACCAUUUAAAUUGUAGAGCAUAUCUAAUUAUCUUCUCUGUAAAGUUCAGCGACACAAUACACUGAAAGUCACUGUGAAAAACAUGAGAUUUUUGUAAAUUAAGGAGAUUAACAAUCAAAGAAAUAAGACAAUAAUAGAUUUUUUUCUUGUAUUUAUUUACAAAGAAAUUCACCCAAGUCAUGUUAUUUGCUUCCAUUAUAAUCAUAUUCUGUAAUUAGUACAAGAAAAGUUGCAUUUAUUUAUUUAUUUGUUUUUUCUUACUUAUACAUAUCAUUUGUUGAAGCCUUACUUACAGAUGUUCUGUUUACUCUCUUAUUUCUUUGUUUCCUUCAUUCCCAUUUUUAGCAUGAAUUAUUAAUAUAAGAAGAGAUCGAGUAAUAUGAUAUAUAGUAAAGUAUGAUCAAGUUUAAGGGGAGCACUGGAGUAGAACAUACAUAUCAUUGAAUUAAUAAUAAUAAUAAAGAGAAGGAAAACAUUAAUUGAAUUAAAGCAGAUAUUCCCAAUCAUGAUUUAACCAGUUCUCACAGUUGAUGCCCAAAAUCCUAAAAGCAUAUUAUGUGAUUUUUAAUCUUUUUAAAUGCUGUAAGUUCCAGAAGUAAUAUUUUGAGGCUGGGAAAUCAGAGCCAUAAAUCAAGCAUUACUUGAGCAACUUUUUUGACAUCUGUGUGCCUUUCUCUGCUGCUUUUGGUUGUUUAAUUAGUCAGAGAACCUGUAUGACAUCCAGCCUGUACAGAAUACCAUUUUGAUGAGGUCUUUAUGGUUAGUAAGUGGAGGUAUCAGGAGGCACCAUCUUCAUUGCUGACAGGUAUUAUAUUAAGAUUAUAUUUAUUACUAUCUGGAGCCAUGAGUUCCUUUUAGGUGUCUCAUUUACCGGACCUUCUCAUGUGGAAUCUUGGAUAAAUACAAGUUCUUGGAAAUGAGCUUCUCAGAUGUUGGAUGUGUAUUCCUAUGCGAUGACAUCAGUUGGUGAAGUAUAGCAUAAAUUGCUUUCCUCAGUCUCAUGGUCAUUGCUCACAUUAUGACCUUUCCAUAUUACUGACAGCUGGCUAGUGAUGUCUCUAAGAAUGUGUGUAAAACCAAGAAAGCUUUAUAUACCUUGUCUUCUUACCAAUCUUGGUGGUGACAGAUUCACUGGCUAUCCUCCUCUCCAUGUAAUUAUAUUCUUUGGUAACAAGAUGUUCUUUAUAAGAGCAUUGUCCUUCAUAUAAUCUACAGAGAGCUUUGUAUACAUUCAAGUCCUUGUCAUCAACAGAGUAACCAGAGUAGCACCACACACUGUCUCCAUGUGAGCUGUAAUUUGAUGUGACCUCUGUAGUAAUAGUGUGUAGGUAUUAAUAACAAAACAAAUAACAAAGGAAUGUUUUAACAUUUGCAAAGGUUCCUACUUGAAAGUUCUCUGCUAAAAAGUCUUUUGUGGGACAGUGUGUCCUGCUCCAGUUAUGAGGCAAAAAUAAUCAUGACAUUUAACAUGAUAAGAGCCCUUGUGGAAGUUGCAGGCUGUGAAACUAUGCCACAUUCAUGGAGAAACAUCUUUUAAGAGUAGAUUGUGAUUUUGGAAUGAAGGGUAUGUUGUGGUAUCUGAGAUACAGCUGUUGGUUUUUGGUAUGGGAAGGCAGAGUAGUGAGGAAGACAAGUAAGGCCAGUGCAGAACAGCUAUCAGUGGCAGACAUGUUCAAGCCAUGGAGGGUGGUUUUUCCUUCUUCAGGCAUUUUUCCUCUUGUCUCCCUAAUUUACUUUUUAUGCUGUUGUCUUUUUCUUAGGCUUUUGGGUUUUCAUAGCAUGCUGAAAUAAAGUAUUAAUGAAGUUUGAAGAAGACUCACUGAAUGACAGAAUGUAGUUCAACCCAGUCCCCUUGUUAAAUGCUGAUCUCCACCCAGGCCUUGGGACUUGUAUACUUGUGCAGCAAAAAGCCAGUUAGCUUCUAAAUAUCACUGAAAAUCUACCAUUACUGCUUAUUUUGUAAGUUUUGCAAGAAACCUUGAGCCUUAGAAAGAUGAAGGAUACCUAAACAAAGGAUUUUUGCUGAAUGUCAAUAUUUUCCAGUAAUGCACUAACCUCUCCAAUGCUCCCCUUAAGGAAGCAGUGGUCAGUGCCUAUAAAGUCACACAUGAAGAAAUGGUAAGGUGAUGACAUUAGAUCAGGAAAUUACACCCGACUUGACUGCAUAAGAGACAUUGUCAACUAUUUUACUGUUAACACUUGAAAUAAUAUAAUGUAUAUAAAUGUCUUUUUGUUCUCUAAAAGAGGAAGCCAUAGAAGAAAUAUAAGGGAAAAUUAUUAUCUGUUGACCAUGCUUAAAUAUUGUUAAUGAUAUUGUAUAUACUUAUCUAAGAUGUUAUACAUUGCACAUUAUGAAUUGAGCAGUAUGUUUAAGCAGUGUACUAUACUUUGUGGCAUGUCAGCUCAGUUUCAGGUCAAAAUAAAACUCCUGUCAGGAUGUGCUUCCAAAGUUGGGUUGGAGUUCAGAGAUAGCACAGUUUUCUUCUUUUUUCAGACCAGUUGUUGUUAAUGUUGAAGAGUGUUCUGAACUAUCUUGUUUCUCAUUGGCAAAGAAUGGAAACUAGUAGUAAUAAUAAUUGAUAAGAAAAGAGAAAUAAAUAGUAACAGACAAGUAAAAAGGAAAGUGUGAUGACUCUGAACUUUCUCCCUAAGAAGUAAAAAAAAAAAAAGAGAAAAAGAAAGAAGACUUAAGUGAGACUUCAGAUCACUUGAUAUCCUUGUCAUCACUUACUUCAGGAUACACGUGCAUUGCAAAUCAAAUACAAGCACCCAGGCUGAGGUUUGGUGUGCACUGUGGCAUUAACCAGUGAGUAGUGUGUUAUUGAAGUAGAUAUGCACAGGUCUCUUUGGAAAGCUUGUGAGAACUAUAGCUGGGAAACUAUUUUCACUUUGAACAGAUACAAGGCAUUAUUUGUUUUUAUUUAUUUUGUGAUUAUUAUCUUUUUGUUUGAAGAUUUUUUUUUAUUCAUAUUCAUAUAUGCAUUUAAAUAUUAAAUUGAUUUAGAUUUAUGGAAAUAUCCAUAAAUGUGUUUUCUUCAGAGGGAAAGAAAUUUGUAUCAGAUUGUAACUGCACAGUGAAGCAAAGACAAGGUGUUAUGGAUCAAACGUUUUGUGUACAGAGACUCAGUUCCUCAGCAGCAGCCCUAGUAAUAAUACUUAACCAUAUCUGUACAGCUGCUUUGGUAAAGAGAUGGGAGAAGCCUCUUAGUUAUUACACAAAAAAAAGAGAGAAAAAAAAUGUAUACCGGCUAUAAUCUUGUGUGCGUAAAGUGCUUGCUCCAACUGUUGAUUCCAUUUGACGAGAGCAAUGAAAUUAUUCUUAGGAACCCCAAGCAGGUAGUCCACUUUUAUUUUGUGAUAAUAGUGCCAUCAGAUUUCUUGCUUAGAGUAGUUGUAGUUUGUAUGAAAAUUUUGAUAAAUGCAUAAGUUUAUAUUGCUAUAGUUUGGUUUAUAUAUGUUGUAGUGGAGAUGUUUUGCUAGUUUUUUUGUUACAUUUGAUAACAUAGUUAUAGAUUUUAUACUUGUUGAAUAUUCAUACUUUCCUUGUAUAUUAUGUUAGAAAUUAAAAAUAUAUUGUUGAUACCCAAAAUAGGUCAUUAGAAAUGGGAUUACAAUUUCAAAAAAAAAAAAGAUAUAAAAUAAUGGUUUUGAUUCCAAGCAUAUGAAAUUGAUAUAAAAUGCUUUGUUUUACAUUAUAUUUUAUGACCAAGUUAUUGGUUCUGGAUGCUAUGCACAUGCUUUGAUAAGAAGGAAAUGGGCAAAUACCAUAUAGUUUUUUUACAACGAGAUUUUCUUUCUUUCUCUUUUUUCUCAUUUUCUUUUUUCUUUUCUUUUUCUUUUCCCCUUUUUUUGGUGUUUGUUAUAAUCAGUAACAAAAGUUUAAUGAUGUUGCAGUUUGGGAAGUAAGUGCUGUCUGUCCCGAUGUUUUUUCCAGAAUAAACAAACAAUAAGGGAAUCAUAUGGCUCCUUUUGCCUUGCGAGUUGACAGUUGCUUGGAACUUAUGCCAGCACCUUAAGGGAUGUAGCUUUGCGGUUUCCCAACCCCUGAAAAUGCACACACAUCCCUUAGUGUGAGGAAUGAGUUUUUUAGAGAUAUAAACAAAACGUAUUUUUGUAGUUGCCGCAGAUUGUUGGAACUUUUGUCUUAAUAGCCUUGAUGUUGUGUAUAAUCAGUAAACAGUAGUAGGCCAUAUAUCUUGGAAUGACUGGACAAAAUAGACAAAGAGAGAAAAAGAGAUAUACCCUAGGCAGCUAUAGGUACUUCCAAGUAGCAGUAGUGUCCAGCAGGCUUAACGAUGACGACAACAACAGUGCCACGGGGAAUCUGGGUUGUCAUUUUAUGAAACUUAUUCCGUUAUGCGUGUGACACACUCUGAUCACAGAUUUACUGUGAUUACAUAGAGAAAGAGUUGCUGAGUCGUUUGACCUCUUUUGAUCUUGCAGUUUUUUGGUACCAGUAAAGAUUUUUAUACUGGGUAACCUUUAGCAAGUUUUAAAUCAAGAACAGUAUAAUUAAGACUACUGUUGCUACAAAAACAUAAAUUUCAUAUCGUCUGUUAUGAAUAUGGUAAAUAUUGAUUAAAUAAGAAUAAUUAAUUUAACAGAAGGGAAAAGCUUGAAAAUCUUUUUUAAUAGCCCACUAAUAUAAUGCGCCUUCACCUGAAGGACAAAAACUACGGAUUCAUAAGUAGUAAUUACUAUAGGCCAAAGAUUACUUAAUGUCUUGAAAUAAUUUUAUAGAUAUAUUAUGUUGAGUAGAUAUCACACACACACACACAUAUAUAUAUAUGUAAAUAUAUGUAAACACCAGUCAUAUGCAUUGACUGUCACAGUGCUCUUAUCUUCAGUAUUUAAAAUAGUUUAUUUUAAUUUGAUUUUUUUUAUUGUAUCUGUUAGGCAUGUGGAAAGGAAACUCCUUUGUUUUGCCUUUAAUAAUCAUUUAUAAUGAUUUUUUUCUUUCUUCUUUUUUUUAUAGUCUAUUGAAUUUUAAUUAGUUUUUUUUGUCUGAUGUGUAAACCUGAAUAUUUAUUGACACUGAUAACUAUUAGAAAGUUAUAUUUGGAGGAAUAUUCUUUCUUUUUUUCUUUAUUACUUUCCUUUUCCUGGCCUAUAUAAACAUUAUUAUUAGACCAUUUAAUGACAAUAUGAUGGAACUUUCCUUCCCUUAGAGAUAUCAAACUUAUUUUGAACUUGAUCUUAUCAUCAGAGGUCCAAGACUAAGCUCUUACAGAAGUAGCAACAGAAAGUUUUCAAAGACUAUUCCAUGUUCAAGGAGGAAAGUGGAGUUCAUCAUUGAGCGGAGACUGAGUCCAGCAGGAGAAAUUUGUUCAAGCACACUGUAGCUUCUAUAACAUUCUCCCAAAAGCAGGGACAUUUACCUUGCAUGUCUCAGACUAUUACUCAAAAGCUCUCUUAUAAAAAAAAAAAAAAGUAACCUAGUAUGGCUAGAGAGUAGUACAAGGUAAAUAGUAGAUAAUUAAAACAAUAAUAAGAUAAAACUUAUCUGCAGCAUCAACUAAGAAUAGAUAGAAUGCCACUUGGUCUCUCCCUCCCUCCCACGUGUGUCUUUGGCCCGUGAUCUUGCACUAUGCUAUAAGAACCCUUUAUACUGCUACAGCUCAGAUAAUGAGUAUAGUGUUGCAGUUCCCCUUAUAUUUUGUCAUCAAAGUAGCUUUUAUCUAUUUUAUUUUGAGGUUUUGUUUAUGAUUUGGCAAACUUAAUUUUAAUCUAUUUAUAGAGUUGCAGUUCUUGUUAAUAGUAUGGUUGUAAGAUCUACAGAUAUAAUAAUUAGAAGUUUUUGUUUAGCCUCAGACUGUUACUUUAUAUUCUUUAUUUAUCAUUAUACUUUUAUUACUACUAUUUAGUACAAUUAAUUUUUGAUGAUGCUUUACAUGUUCCAGGUGUACAGUAUAUAGGUUAUUAGAGUUGCUGUUAACAUGUUAAUGAUACUGUAUAAUAAAAAAUAUUAAAAAUGAAUAAACUGUUCACAACAAAAA